AUGCGUCUCCUCUCCGCCCUGCUCCUGGCCGAGACGGCUAGUGCCCUCACAGACAUCGAGCACAAACCCUUCAUGCGCAAGAACAUCGACCCCAUCGUCUCCCCCGGCAAGUACAUCUCGCACAUGCACUCCUUCUACGGCUCCGACGCCAUCACCAAAGACCUGCCCACCACCGCACAACUACAAAAGGGCUGUUCAUCCGGCGAAAACCCCAACGACCUCUCCAUCUACUGGGCGCCCACGCUCUACUACGUUUCGGGAAACAACACCUACACCGAGAUCUACCCAGCCACCUUCAAAACCUACUACGAGCAAAUCGACCACGCCGAGAUCCCAUUUCCCGCCAACUUCCACGCCGUCGCCGGCAACGCCUCGGCGCGGUCCCAGUCCGACGUCGACGAGCGCGUUACGGCUUUGACUUGGUGGUGCGACGGCAACGGGCCCGAGGACCGCAACUCCCGCCCGAGAGCGGCGUUCCCCAGACAGACUUGUAGCGCUCAUAUGCAGGCUAUUUUGAGGUUCCCGGAUUGCGUGAACCCGGAUAAGGUGGAGGAGUAUGCGUAUGCGGCGCAGAAUGGCGGGAGGUGUCCGGGUAAGAUGAAGAGGAUGCCGAGCUUGAGGUUCAGUAUUGGCGAUGGGUAUUGUUUCCAUGGCGACUUCAUCAAUGGAUGGUUUGAAGAUGCGGCCCAGAACAUGUUGAAGGCCAAGGGGCAGACGUUUAUGAGGAUUGACGGAGCUCAUGGAAAUGGAAAGCAGUAUAGUAAGUGCAAGGCUAGGGAUGCGGAUCCGGAGAAUGGGACAAGUGACUACCUGAAGAGUCUAGAGAUGAUGCAUGGACAUAUGAAGAAGAAGGAACGGACGUGGGAGGCUUAA